AUGACCCAGUCACAAACCAAAGAAGGAAGCGUUGAUGGCAAACCAAGCGUGGCAGAGAGCUCUCUACUAGACAGGGUGGUUGAAGGAUGCCGUCUCAUGGUUCGUAUGGUUCAGCAGGACGAAUGGAGUGAGUCCUUGAAUCUUGUCAAAGCCUUCCUCAAUGAGUUUCACAAAAUAGUAUCUAAGGGGUUAAGAAAAAUUUUUUCAUUUAUUAAAGAUGAGGGUUCAAUAGUUAAGUAUUGAAAAAAAACGGUUGAAUUUUGAGAUAUGUAAGAUAUUUUGGAAGAAGUUCAAUAUAUUUUGUACAGGAAUGGCGGAUAUAAUCUCUACUACGACAACACCUGAUGGGAAGCAACGUUUUUACGUUCACUACAUCGACUGCAAUCGAAGGUUUUCGUGUCUUGAUUAAUGAAAAAGAAAUACAAGCAAUACGUGAUAAAGAAAAUAUAAGAAAUCGAGCUUUUGUUAUUCUUGAAUUCGUUCUGAGAAAAAAAGAGAUUAAGGUUGGACGAAUGGGUCACCGCCGAGAACCUCGACCUCUCGUCCCUCAGAAUGCCUCAAAGAGGGAGCAAAAAAGGAGGACAUGUGCCUAUUGAAAGGUAUUUUAUUUUUCUAAUAGUAAAAGUACAAGGUUAUCUGGGAUAAAAUCACCGCGAUUAUUUUUUAGAUACUUUCUUUUGAAAAAAAAGUGGUUGAAAAUAAGGACUAUAACAAAAUAGACUUUCUUAGAACGGCUUCUAUCAGAACUAGAAAAAAAGAAAAUAGAAAAUAAGCAUUUUUUGUGUGUUCCGAUUUCGAUUGUAAAAUCAUAAAGUUAUCCCACUAAUUCUGCUGAUUUAAUCGUCGCGGCAUAGACUGAAUUUUUUUUAAAUGCUUCACUUCUCCAUUUUCAGAUGUUUAAAAAUCCUUUCUGAUGGAAGUGACAAAAAGCAUUUAAAGUCUUGCGUGUUUUUGUUUUUCUGUAGAGCUAUCAAUUUUUCUUUCUGAAUAAUCGUUCUGUGCAGUUCGUCUCGUGGAGGGUCGCCAGACCGCAACGACGUCAGCAAGAAGUCGGUUGGCAGGAAACGGAAGAUCCCACUUUUACCAGUGGAAGAGCCCAAAGUCGAGAAUGGCGGGGAUGCCGUCGAGACAAGUACUUUAGGUCGAGUUCGAUCCUUUCAGACGUUUUUCUUUUGAGAAACAUCGUCUGCUCCAAGUUUACGAGGGUCUAUGUCGAUGGUCGGUCACAGUGAAGACGCCUUGACGAGGAUCCGGAACAUCGACGCGAUUGAGCUUGGAAGGUCAGAAUUUUGAAUUCAUUUCUACAGAAAAAAAAAGUUAUUCUCUAAGUUGUAUUUACGUAUGAACAUAGAUAUAAAUGAAUUUUAGGAAAAAUAUCAACAUUUUAACAUAAAUAUUUUUUUUAUUCUUGACUCAAAAAAAUUGAUUCCAAAAGUGGAAUCCUCAUUUCCUUCUCCAAACGCUUUUUUUUUAAACACGUUCCUAGAUUCUUUUCAAAAAACGCCUAUAUUGUAAAGUUGCACUUUUUUAAAAAUUUUUUCGGCAAAAUUUUAUCGGACUUUAUUCGGCGUUAAUCAAACUAUAUUCUUUUCGUUUGUCCUCCUCAUAGUUUUUCUCAAAGUUAUUUUCCAGGUUUCGAAUACAGCCGUGGUACUUUUCGCCGUAUCCACAGCAGUUGACCCAUUUACCGUGUAUUUUCAUCUGCGAGUUCUGCCUCAAGUAUCUGAAAAGCGACACGUGUUUACGGCGGCAUAUGGUGAGCUAAUGAUGGGAUAAAAAUAGAACUUAAGCAGGAAGGUGAACUGAAUCAGCUCAUUUUCGAUUUAGCUUGUGAGAUAAAAUUCGAUUUUUUUUUUUUGAUUGAUUUACGGGAGAAAUGGAAAGAAAAAAGAGAGAAUUUAGGAAAAGAAAACUGUUAGUUAUGUUGUGAGAGAUCAGGUUGAAUAAGUUACAAUAAAUUGCGAAAUGUAUGAAAAAAAUAAAUGGAAUGAAGCUUAUAAAAACAAUUUCCUCAGAAAAAUAUGCAAAAAGCUUUUUUCUCUUUUAAAUGGGACUUUUUCAUUCUUUAAUCCUUGAUUAAAAGGCCAAAUUUCCAAUGUCAAUCUAUGAAAAUGCGUUGAAAAUUUAAUUUUCCAGGCGAAAUGCAACAUCAAUCAUCCGCCCGGCAAUCAGAUUUACAGCAAGGAUUCUUUAUCGUUCUUUGAGAUAGAUGGAAGAAAAAACAAGGUUGAAAUCGUGGAAAUAAACAAAAGGAAAAUAACGAUUGCAGUCGUACGCUCAAAAUCUGUGUCUAUUGGCCAAGCUGUUCCUGGACCACAAGACUUUGUAUUACGACACGGAUCCCUUCUUGUUCUACGUCCUGGCCGAAGAAGACGACCGCGGCCAUCACAUCGUCGGCUACUUUUCCAAGGUUCGCUCAGUUUGCGAAGAAAUGAAAGUCAAAGUGCCUUGGAUAAUCGAUUACAAUAAAACCUCAUUCCGAGUAAAAAAUGUUCAAUGACGGAUUAACGAAUUCAGUAACUUGUUUAUAAAAAUAGAAAUGGUCAAAGUUGGAAUGAAGCUUUUCGAAAAACGAGAAAACAGAUUUAUAACUUUUCACUUUAUUUCCAACGUUUCAUGAAAUAUGGCGACAUUAUCUACUAGCUUUGACUGCUAAAAUUCCUUCAGCAAAUUAAUUUAAGGAAAAAGAAUCAGCGGAAGAAUACAACGUGGCGUGUAUUCUCGUUCUUCCUCCCUAUCAGAAGAAAGGAUAUGGACGGUUACUCAUCGAAUUCAGGUUGAUUUUUGCUUGAAAAAAAUUCCUAUUCAUUCCAUCUUUUUCAGUUAUGAGCUGUCGAAAAGAGAAGGAAAAUCAGGCUCUCCAGAGAAGCCGCUUUCUGACCUUGGACUCGUGAGCAAAAAUCGUAUUGAUGUUGCAAAUACUGUUUUUUAGCUAUCCUACCGAAGUUUCUGGGCUUUGGCGAUAAUGGAGAAACUGAUGGCGUUCAAGAAGGAGAACAAAAUGUUGGAAGAGGAACGGCCGAUCACAGUCGUCGACCUCACGUCGAUGACCUCCAUACGAAAGGAAGACGUAGUUUCGACUCUUCAGGUAUUGCGAAAAAAGUUGUUUGUUUUUAUUUGGAUGUAGAUUCAAAUCAGUAUUCUUGAUUCAGAAAUAGGUUGGUGUUGAAAGCAGCAAUAUUUAUAAAGAGACGAAAAUUUUUCAUUUCAUUACGAAUGAAGACUGAGCCAACCUUUGCGCUUUCAAACGGCUCAAAAAGUGGUUUUGAAUGGACUUUAUAAUAAUAAUCUGAAACUUUACACAGCUAAACGUUUGAAGUUCCUUUUUGGUAUUUCCACAGAACUCUAUUCCAAUCAGCUUCAUUUAGAAACUUACAAAUAGGGUUUCGUUUUGAAAUGCUCAAGUGGAACUAAGGCCGCGUGAAAAGAUUCACAAACCUUUUUCAGCUUUUCUCUCUGUAUUUUUAUUCUUUUGAAAUAUCCGAAAAAUGUAGUGUCUUACCGCAAAGUUUUAUUCUAAACUUUCGUUUCGCUAUGUGUUUUAUUGAAUCGUAUACAUCGGCUUUACCGCCUGACCAUAUAAUUUAGCCGUUUUUAUGGGCCUUUGCGAUUUUUUUUUAUUCCAGUUUCAAACGUUUUGAUAAAAGAUAGAAGUUUUCGAAAGUAGAAGGGAAGAUAUUAAGCUUGAAUUCGAUUAUAAAUUAAGCUCAAAAGUCUUGUCGGAAGAGUUCAAACAAUAAUUUUAUGAUUUUUAUGAAAAUAAUUGGUCUCAUGAGAACAAAGGCAAGAAGGGGUAAUCAAAGAUUUCUUCCAAUUCCGCCCUUACUUCAAGACGGAAAAAUAGUCACAAGUUCUGAAUUUCAGCACUUGGAGCUGUACCGAUACUACAAAGGUCAGUACAUCAUCGCAAUAAGCGACGAGAAACUUGAGGCCUAUCAAAAACGCGUGGCGCAAGCCCAACGCACCAAGAUCGACCCUCAGUUCUUGCACUGGUGGCCUAAGGAAAGCCGCCGAAAAGUUUGA